UGAUCAUCUUGGAUGGACGAAUUCCUUUCUCGUGCCAUGGCCCAUGGGCGCUCUGGCCUGAGCGUGCCGGUCCAUGACUCCAUGACAGCGGAGACACGGGCUUCUUGGUAAACAUUUAAUACUCCUCAGUCUCACACAUCGUCUGUCACUUUUUUUUUCUGUUUCCCUCCUCCGUCCCCUUAGGUUUCGGCUCUUCAUCACUCUACGGUCGCCAACAUGACGGAUGAUAAAGGGCCCAUGAUAAUUGCGGUCUGUUGGGCCUUCACUGCCCUUGCUCUGCUGUUCGUGACGGGUCGACUUUUUGUUCGGGCGGCUGUUCAUGGCAAGCUAUUCAGCGACGACUACUGGAUCAUCCUGUCAGCUAUCUGCGCUAUCGUCUCCAACAUCUUCACGACCAUCUCAGUCUACUGGGGAAAUGGCAAACACUUCGAGACGCUCAGUUUGGAACAAAAGCAAAACACAAUCAUGUGGAUGAUGGCGGCAUACGUGCCAGGGAUUCAGACGCUCGGAUUUCCAAAGCUAGCUGUCAUCGCUCUCCUCGGCCGAUUACUCCUGCCCACCAAACUUCAUCGUCACAUAUUAUGGACCAUGGGCAUCAUAUGCUGUCUGUCCCUUACAGCCAUGGUCAUGACCCUGCUGUUGCAAUGUUCACCCCCGAGAGCUCUUUGGGACUUUUCACUGCCGCGGAACUGUUUGCAUCCGAAGACCCUGGAGGGUUUGGCGUUUUGGGCCAGCACAUGCUCCGCUUUUCUCGACUUCUACCUGGCGCUCUAUCCAGCAAUCGUGCUUUGGGGGCUGCGCAUGACCGUACAGAAGAAGAUAGGGCUCAGCUUUGCUCUCGGAAUGGGGUUUGUCUCUGGAUGCGUUGGCAUCGUGAAGGCUACGGGAGUGCCAACCCUUUCAAGUCCGGAUGUCAGCUAUGAUCUAUGUGACCCAUUGUACUGGACAUCCAUCGAGGGCAACCUCAUCAUUAUUGCGGCAUGCAUCCCUGUCCUCUCCCCCCUUCUCGAGAUAGCCAAGGGACGCAGCAUCUGGAGGUCCAAGACGAAAUCGAGCAGUCACCAGUACCAGGAUUACAGCAAUCCAGAUGCGCCGCAGCGUGGAGUCGAGCUGCGGAGUAAGAGCAAGCCUGGGAAGAAGGUUGAUGCGUAUGGGUUCACAAUACAGGCCAAAGGGGACAGCGAGGAGAGCAUCGUGCAGCCGGAUAAGCAAUCUGCGACUGCAUCUUCCGAGCGCCGGAGCGGAACAUAUAAUCCCAGCGACGGCAUUGUCAAGAGCAGCGUCGUGACUAUUGCGUAUGACCAAGGGGAUCAAGCGCCAACAUCGGCAGCCACGCGAUGGGCUGUUGUCUGAGUCUCCCGUCAGGACAAUUUGACAAAAAGGUUGAGAUGGGGGCCUGUGUGGGACAGCUGGGAUGUCCGUGGCAUUCGGUUUGUAUUGCCACCCUGGUUAUUGACUAGGGGCUGCCAAAACUCGUGCGCGACGCAGGAACAUUUCGUGUGUGCGAAGGUGCAUUGUUAAGAUUUGCUGCCUUAGUGAGGUAGCGAACAUACAAGUCCUGAUAUGUAAGAUAGAGAACUCACUUUAAUAUGAACAUCUUGGGAUAUUCGAUACAGCGAGUUCGCGACUGUAUGGUAAUG